AUGGAGACUCUCCAAAGCUGUCAUCUGCCAGCCCAGAUGGACUGGCUUUCUGUUUCCUGCGCGUGGAGACAGCAAAACCGGAAAGGAUCCUGUGAUCACAUGGAAAAUAUUUAUGGCUACUUAAUGAAAUAUACCAAUCUCGUCACUGGCUGGCAAUAUCGAUUUUUUGUUUUAAACAACGAUGCUGGCCUGCUGGAGUACUUUGUGAAUGAGCAGUCUAGACACCUGAAGCCCAGGGGUACCCUGCAGCUGGCUGGAGCUGUAAUUUCACCCAGCGAUGAAGACUCUCACACCUUCACAGUCAAUGCUGCCAGCGGGGAGCAGUAUAAACUCAGAGCUACUGAUGCUAAAGAACGGCAACACUGGGUUAGCAGGCUACAGAUAUGCACGCAGCAUCACACGGAAGCUAUUGGAAAGAACAACCCUCCUCUGAAAUCUCGCAGCUUCUCUCUUGCAUCCCAAGGAAGUGCCAACUCUCCUGGUGUGCAAAGGCGACUCAGUCAAAAUGCAGUUUCCUUUUUCAAUGUUGGACAUCACAGAUUGCCAACUGGAAAAAGAGUUCCUAUUAUGCAGCCAGAUCACCUUGUAGACGUUAGAGAGAUGAUGUCUCAGGCUGAGGGCCAGCAGAGAGACUUGAUCAGGAGCAUAGAAUGCCUUCCUGUCUCCGGUCACCUUACAUCCUUGGAUCAAGACCUAUUAAUGCUCAAAGCAACUUCCAUGGCAACCAUGAACUGCUUAAAUGACUGUUUCCAUAUUCUCCAGUUACAACACGCGUCUCAACAAAAGGGAUCCUUACCCGCAGGAACAACUAUAAGUUGGUUGGAACCGAAGAUAUCUCUGGCAAACCACUUCAAAAAUGGAGCAGCUCAGAAUUUCCCAGCAGAGAUAAACAAGCCAGCAUCUGUCAGAGAGGAGCAGUCCAUUGUAGAGCCCUGCCAGCUAACAAGGGAACCUGAAGAAAUAAAUUCAGAUGAGGAGCUGGAGGAUAUCUGUGAUGAUAAAGAAGAUGAUCUAGGAGCAGUGGAAGAGCAGCGCAGUGUUAUCUUGCAUCUCUUGUCUCAACUGAAACUUGGCAUGGACUUAACAAGAGUGGUUCUUCCCACUUUUAUUUUAGAGAAGCGAUCGUUGUUGGAGAUGUACGCGGACUUCAUGUCUCACCCAAAUCUCUUCGUUGCCAUCACAAACGGCGCUACCCCCGAGGAGAGGAUGAUCCGCUUUGUUGAGUAUUAUCUCACUUCAUUUCACGAAGGUCGCAAAGGAGCCAUUGCAAAGAAACCAUACAACCCAAUCAUCGGGGAGACCUUCCACUGCUCCUGGAGAAUGCCCAAGGGCCAAGUAGCCACUGAUGCUGGCAAUAACUUCUCUGCUCACUCACCUUCAGAGCAAGUAAUUCUGUCUAAAGAUGUAGAAGGCCAAACAGAGCUGGACUACUAUACGGUGAAAUUUGUAGCCGAGCAAGUGUCCCACCAUCCUCCUGUCUCAGGGUUUUACGCUGAAUGUGUAGAGAGAAAGAUGUGUGUCAAUGCCCAUGUCUGGACAAAAAGUAAAUUCUUAGGAAUGUCAAUAGGAGUGACAAUGGUUGGUGAGGGUCUCUUAAGUCUCUUGGAACAUGGGGAAGAAUACACGUUCUCUCUGCCCUGUGCUUACGCUCGCUCAAUUUUAACUGUUCCCUGGGUAGAACUGGGAGGAAAAGUCAAUAUUAACUGUGUGAAGACUGGGUAUUCUGCAAGUAUUAACUUUCACACCAAGCCCUUCUAUGGUGGCAAAUUGCAUCGAGUUACUGGUGAAGUGAAGCAGAACACGACGAACACAGUGGUGUGCAGAGUGCAAGGGGAGUGGAACAGCGUGCUUGAGUUCACCUACAGCAACGGGGAGACAAAAUACGUGGACUUGACAAAGCUGUCUGUGACAAGAAAGCGAGUCCGGCCCCUUGAGAAACAAGGACCGUUUGAAUCCAGGAGGCUGUGGCAGCAUGUAACAGAGUCUCUGCGGGAUGGAGACAUUGAUAAGGCUACAGAGCACAAGCGGGCCCUUGAAGAACGACAGAGGAAUGAAGAGAGGCUUCGUGCUGAAACAGAAACACCUUGGUGUACUAAAUACUUCCUUAAAGAAGGAGAUGGCUGGGUUUAUCAUAAACCCCUCUGGAAAACAGUCUCUACUGCACAAACUCAGCAAACGGAUGCUAACUAGAAAAGCUGCUUUAAGAUGAGUUUUCUGAUUUUCCUCUCCUUUUCCUCUGUCUCUCAAAACACAGUAAUUACACUGAGUGUCCCCUUUUUAUGUAAUUUUGAAAGUUUAAAUGAGCAUAAAAAAAUAAAUAUACUAGGGCACUUUAAAGCUAUUUAAAAAAAAAUAAAGUUGUAGAGACAGACUUGCCAGGUACAUUCAACCAACUUGUUUUUUGUAUGAUCCAAGAGAUUUUAUCUGAA